AUGGGACACAUAUUAAGGCAUGAAAGUUUAUUAAAGAAAAUAAUUGAAGGAGAUGUUGAAGGACACAUUGUAAGAGAAAGACACAGAGCAUAAUACAUGACACAGAUAAUGCAGUAAACGAAUAAGGAAUACUACAAAGACCUGAAAGAACUGUGCUACGAUAGAGAAACAUGGAGCAACAAACAAAUCUACGGAUUUAUAACAAAAAAAAUAAUAAAUUCUUGAUUUACCUUCCUACAUUUAAAAACAAUUCUAUUUAUUAUACAUGGAGUUAUAUUAUUAUAAAAACUAAUUAUAACAAAACUACCUGUUACAAUGUCUUGGUGUGAACUAUGAUAAGUGCUUGUGGUAAGGAAAAGGGUACAUAGGUACCUACCCUAGUGUUUAGAACAUGGUUUUAUUAAAAUAUUAACUGAUAAUAACCAGAGCUCCGUUGUUUAUGACUGCAUAUUUUUUCAUCAAAAUCACAAUUAUAUCUGAAUAUGAUAUAAACUUGAUUCAUGAUAUUUAGAUUUCAAAUAUGCAAACUUAUUUUUCAUAUAUUUGCAUAUUUGACAUUUUUGAGGACAUAAAUGUAUAAAUUGAAUUAUUUAUAGAUUUAGAAGCAUAUUUUAAAUAUAAUAUUAAACAUUUGUACGGUAACUAUUACCCAAACAAAGUAUUUAACCUAUAUAACAUUGAAAUUUUUGAAUUAUUUUUUUUUUUUGAAUUAAUAUUUAUAAGGAAUUUCGGUCAUAAACAUCUGAGUUUUAGUAAUAACCUUCUCUACCAACAUGAUAAUAAAAUCUAGAUUAUCCCAUUACUAUAAAUUAUUUUACCAUAAAAACAUUGUUCACAAUUAACAUAAUAUUUCAUUAUCAAAGUAUUAAUGUAGCUUAUAUUAUCAAUUUCAGAGGGAGUUUCUAAACUUAAAGAAAAAGCUAGAAGAAAAAAGGGACGUGGUUUUGAUGACAAAUCUAAAAGAAAUAUUAAAGAUGAACCCAUGGAAUAUGAAUCUGUUGAUCAAACUGAAGACGAUGGACCUGGCCCUCAAAGAUGUAAUAUUAUCAUUUAACACACUUUUAAUUAUUAUUAUUAUUAUUAUUGUUGUUUAUGUGUAUGUGUGUAUGUAUUAUAUUUUCCUCAUAGCUGUUGAAGGUUGGAUUUUGUUUAUAUCUUCUUUACACGAAGAAGCACAAGAAGAUGAUUUACAUGAUAAAUUUGCUGAAUUUGGAAAAAUUAAAAAUUUACAUUUAAACUUGGACCGUAGGACUGGAUUUUUAAAGGUAAAUUAUAAUACUUAACUUAAUUAUUUUAUAAUUCAUCAAUGUUUUAAUUUACUGUUUUUUUUUUAAGGGUUAUGCAUUAGUUGAAUAUGAAUCGUACAAGGAAGCUUCUAGAGCACGUGAAGGACUCAAUAAUUCAGACAUAUUGGGACAGCAAAUUAGUGUAGAUUGGUGCUUUGUUAAAGGACCAAAAAGGUAUUUAAAUUUCUAAUUCGUUUAUAUACAUCUAUAGCAGACAAAUUUUACAUUAAAAUUUAACGAAAUCGUGGUUGCACAUAAAUACAAGUACAGUCUAGAUCCCAAUUCCCAUAAAUUUACUAUGAAAUAAAAUCAUAUGAGUAUACAUUCAUCGGUUUUGUGACUUUAUGGCAAUCGAUAACAACUAGAUUAAUAAUAUUUAAUGAAUAUUUUAUUAUUUUGUUCUAGAAUAAAAAAACCAAGACGCCGAAUGAAACAAUAUUGA